UUUAUAUUAUUUUCCCAUUUUUACACAUUUUGGCGCUCUAUUUCCCAAAAGGCUCUUCCCUCCGAGUCCUCUCUCCCUUCUCCAGCAAGCCAUGGAAGGUAGCGAAAGUGCGAGCGAUAAGCAGCGGCCAUGGCAAUCUUAUCACACUGUUUACACCAACGCCAAAGCAGGAAUGGAAGGAGUUGAUAAAGAGAAAGUCCAAAGAGUAGUGUAUGAGAUGAGCAAAGGAUCGAAAUACUUCGAAAAUGAGGAGCGAAAAGAGGCCUUCAUUCGGCAAAAAAUAGAGCAUAUGCGAGUUCGUGCUGCGAAGCUCUCCGCCGCAGAUUUAUCUCAUUAUCAAAAGGUUGCGGAGAAGAGAAUAUUAGAGCUUGAAGCUACACGUGAGCUUUCUAGGAUUUGGCUACAUGUAGAUAUGGAUGCAUUUUAUGCGGCCGUUGAAACUUUGAGCAAUCCUUCAUUGAAGGGUAAACCAAUGGCUGUUGGUAGUAUGUCUAUGCUUUCCACUGCUAACUAUGAGGCUCGCAAAUUUGGUGUUCGUGCUGCUAUGCCUGGAUUCAUUGCACGUAAAUUAUGUCCGAACUUGAUAUUUGUUCCCACAGAUUUCAAUAAAUAUACUUAUUACAGUGGUUUAACUAGAGAAGUUUUUCGGAACUAUGAUCCUAAUUUCUUGGCUGCCAGUUUGGAUGAAGCUUACCUUGAUAUUACUAGGGUUUGCAAAGAAAGAGGCAUUACUGGUGAAGAAAUUGCUGAAGAACUCAGAUCUAGAGUACAUGAAGAGACUGGUUUGACAUGUAGUGCGGGAGUGGCUCCAAAUCGCUUACUUGCUAAGGUUUGCUCAGAUAUUAACAAGCCAAAUGGGCAGUUUGUUUUACCCAAUGACCGCAUGGCUGUUAUGACAUUUAUAUCCUCGCUUCCUAUUCGAAAGAUUGGGGGUAUAGGCAAGGUCACGGAAAAUAUUUUAAAGGGUGUUCAUGGAAUCAGCACUUGUAAAGAGAUGCUGCAGAAAGGCAGUUUCCUCUGUGCCCUAUUUUCUCGUUCUUCAGCAGAUUUUUUCCUAUCUGUUGGAUUGGGGCUUGGAGGGACGGAUACUCCUGAGGCCAGGUUUCGAAAAAGUAUUAGCAGCGAGAGAACAUUUUCAGCAACAGAGGAUGCUGCAUUGCUUUAUCAGAAAUUAGCUGAUAUUUCAGAGAUGCUGUCAGCUGACAUGCAGAAAGAGGGUCUUUCUGGACGAACUUUGACUCUUAAAUUAAAAACUGCAUCUUUUGAGGUUCGUUCAAGGGCUGUCACUUUGCAGAAAUAUAUUUGUUCGAGUGAUGACAUCUUAAAACAUGCUUCAAACUUGUUAAAGGCUGAAUUCCCUAUUUCUUUGAGACUGAUAGGUCUGCGGGUGUCUCAUUUCAAUGUAGAUAAGGGGGAUAUACCUGUUGACCCUACACAAAAAACUCUCACCAAAUUUUUAAUAUUCGGAGAUUAUCCUAAAAGAACUGGGGAUGAUCAAAGCUCCUUUGGUUCGGAUUUGAGUGAUCUCCAUUUCAUGAAUGAAAAGGAAACUAGCAUUUCUCUUGACAGCCACAGGACGGGUCACUAUGAGUUUGGAGCUCCAUUUGAGAGAAAUCAUUUAUUAGAUAUAGAUGACAGCAAUUGCAUUUCCUACGAAAAUGCUUGUGAAAUGGACAAAACUGGUGAACUUUUUAGCCACAAAACUGCAGCUACGGUGAAGACUGAUGAUGUGGAAGAGCGUAGCGCAAAAUCUCCUAAAAAAGAAUUAUCACGAGUGUCGGAAGAUGAUUCUUCUGUCCAGAGGGAGUCGGAGGACAGCAAUACUGACAGAUCAAACAAAGAAUCUAGUGCCUCUGGAAAUGAGGAUGACCACAAGUUAUUUUGGGUGGAUGACUACAAGUGUUCAUUGUGUGGGACUGAAUUACCUUCAAGUUUUAUUGAAGAAAGACAAGAGCACUCUGAUUUUCAUCUUGCCGAGCGGCUUCAGGAGGAGGAAUCUGGUACAGGCUCAAAUGCUUUGAUUCCAAGGCAAAGAGUUAUGCCAAAGGAAUAUGUUGGGAACCAAAAUAGGCGUAAGAAGCAUAAGCCAUCUCCAGCAAAAGUCAAGCAUCUGCCAAUUGAAUCGUUCUUCGCCAAGAAGAGUGGUCAGAAAUUGUAGUCCUCUCCUCUAUGUAUUCUUUUUAUAUUAUCUUAGGCUAGUUUUGUAUAUAGCAG